AUGCCUCCCAAGAAGCAGGUUCAAGAAGAGAAGAUCCUGCUGGGUCGUCCCGGCAACAACUUGAAGAGUGGUAUUGUCGGUCUUGCCAACGUCGGCAAGUCAACUCUGUUCCAGGCCAUCACCAAGUGCAACCUUGGCAACCCGGCCAACUUCCCCUAUGCUACCAUCGACCCUGAGGAGGCUCGCGUCAUCGUACCAGAUGAGCGAUUUGACUGGCUGUGCGAGAAGUACCAGCCCAAGUCGAGGGUCCCGGCCAACUUGACCGUCUAUGAUAUCGCCGGUCUGACCCGUGGUGCCUCGACUGGUGCUGGUCUCGGCAAUGCCUUCCUUUCACAUAUUCGCGCCGUCGAUGCCAUCUUCCAAGUGGUGAGAUGCUUCGAUGAUGCUGAGAUUAUUCACGUCGAGGGUGAUGUCAACCCUACUCGUGAUCUCGACAUUAUCAGCGAGGAGCUGAGGCUCAAGGAUAUCGAGUUUAUCGAGAAGGCUCUCGAGAACCAAAAGAAGAAGACGCGCCAGGGCGGUCAGAGUCUGGAGCAGAAGAAGGCCAGAGAAGAGGAGGCCUGCAUCGAGAGGAUCCUUCAGUGGGUGAAGGACGGCAAGGAUGUCCGAAAGGGCAACUGGACGCCCAAGGAGGUCGAGAUCAUCAACCCUCUAUUCCUCCUGACAGCCAAGCCGGUCGUCUACCUGGUUAACCUGUCAGAGCGGGAUUACACGCGCAAGAAGAACAAGCAUCUUCCCAAGAUUGCUGAGUGGAUCAAGGAGCACGCGCAGGGCGACCCGAUCCUGCCCAUCUCGGUCUCGUUCGAGGAGCGGCUGACGCGCUUCGAGACCGAGGCCGAGGCCCAGGAGGAGUGCAAGAAGCUGGGUAUCGAGUCCGCCCUGCCCAAGAUCAUCCUGUCCAUGCGCAAGGUCCUCAACCUUGGCAGCUUCUUCACGUCGGGCACGGACGAGGUCAGGCAAUGGACGAUCCGCAACGGGACCAAGGCGCCUCAAGCGGCGGGCGUCAUCCACACCGACUUCGAAAAGACCUUUAUCCAGGCCAUUGUGUACAACUUCAGUGUCCUCAAGGAGCUUGGCGAUGAAGCCGAGGUCAAGGCCAAGGGCAAGAUGAUGACCAAGGGCAAGGACUACGUGGUAGAGGACGGCGACAUAUUGCUCAUCAAGGCCGGUGCGGCAAAGAGCUAA